AUGAAGGCAAACAAGGACACUUUCAGCCUCCCCGCGUUGAACCUUCCACGCCCCCAUUCAUUCCAAUUUCUUGAUAUUUUUCUUCGAAACACGAACAAGAACCAAAGGCACAAUAUUUGCAUUGGUGCUGCACGCGAAUUGGACUACCUUCAUACGGGUACUCAACAAAGUUUCAUACACCGAGAUGUGAAGACUACAAACAUUCUGCUUGACGAGAAAUGGGUAGCAAAGAUUUCGGAUUUCGGGUUGUCCAAAGGCACAACAAGCUUUUCAAAAACCUACAUUACCACAGCUGUAAAAGGCACGUUUGGGUUUUUAGAUCCGGAUUAUUUCAGGACUCAGAGGCUAACCAAGAAAUCUGAUGUGUAUACGUAUGGGGUAGUGAUGUUAGAAGUGUUGUGUGGGAGGCCUGUCGUGUAUACAAGCCUUGAGGAGGAGCAAAUCAGUCUGGUCUUUUGGGCUCGGCAUUGCAUUGAAACAGGUAGGCUUUCUCAAAUCAUUGAUACCUCUAUGAGAGGGCAAAUAUCGCCAAAUGCUCUCAAGUGCUUUGUAGAAAUUGCCUACAAAUGUUUACAUGAUCGUCCACAAGAGCGGCCCACAAUGGCUGAAGUGGUGGCAGGCCUCGAGUUUGCAUUGGCUUCACAACACGGGGCAAUAAUAGCUAGAUGA